UCCAGACGCCUGACUGAGUGCGGCGGUUCUUUCCCGAUAGCUCGGAUGCCAGUGCACGGAGGGGUCUGCCGAAACAAACACGCACACAUACCCAAGCGAAGCCGAAUCGGAGAGAAGACCGAUGCAUAUUCAAACGGACACUCAGGUGUAAGUGAUGCUACUACAAGUUAAAGUCCUGGAAGUAAAACCGCAGCAGAUUGGGAAUAAACGGAUAGGAGAUCGGCGUUCCUCGCAGAGCGCACUCGCAUCAUUUGGAAUACAGAGACGCAUCGUGGAAUUACUGGAGCCCUCAAUUUCUGAACUGAAGUCAAGCCAUUUUCUAUAGCACAUUUUUGUUGGAUUUAUUUAAUUUACCCCCUUUUUGGUAUUUUUAUUUUCUGCUGUUGUGUUUCAUUAGGCUUUCUUUACCCGCUUAUAUUCUAAUGUUGAGCAUCUACCCCUUUCAUUUUUUUAUUUUCUCAUCUUCUGAAAAUAGCCUGGGUUCGUCUUCGCGAGGGUAGAUUGUAGCGAAAUAUACUCGAUCUCUCAAACUGUGUCGUGUCAUGGAUGGCAAAUUUCACUUGCAUCUACGGAUCAAAUCGAGGAAUAUAGAAUAACUACUGCUGACAGAGACAAGGACAAAUGACAUAGGAUGAACACUGCUGGUCAUCUCUGUCUGUCUGUGCUGUCGUACCUUUUCGCACUGGCCUGGGCCGUGGAGCCACUGGGUCAGGCUGCCCCCUGCUCCUCUCUGGUGGCCGGGGUCUUGUACGGCUCCUUCUCGCUCAGGGACCUCUUUCCCAGCCCGUCGGCUCUGGCAUCCGGUUGCUCCUGGACUGUGGAGAACCCUGACCCCACCAAGUACUCUCUCUAUUUCCGUUUCAAUCGCCAUGCCGGCGCCUGUUUAGCUUUUUCCCCUCUAGUGCUGCCCCUGGACCACUACCUCUCGAAUCAGACUUGUGGCCCUCCGGAUCAGCCCUAUCCUUCGGACCCUGAAGCCGUUGAACUCUGCACGGUUCCCGGACCACACACCUUCCUGCAGUUUGAUAAGAACUUUGUGCAGUUGUGCCUGACCGCUCACCCCAGCGCGGAUAACAACAGCGAUGACGCGUCUGAGGUUCAGGCCGCUUUGACGGCGGAAACCCUUGACUUUCGGCUCGUAGAGGUUUUGCUCAUCAACAACGAGAACUCAAGUCAGUUUACCUGUGGAGUCCUGUGCCGAUGGUUCGAGGAAUGUUUGCAUGUCGGCUCGGGAUGGGAGAUGGAGAGCUGCAGUAUCACGCAAACGGGUUGCGUGUGCCCGAAUGCUGCACCUCCGGUCUCGCUUCGGCCCACUACACCCCAAAACAACUCUUUGGAUCCCAGUGCUAGUGUGUUGCAAUCACCACCCGACGACUGUUGUGUCACACAGCUGCAUUCAAAGAACGGCAUCGCUAUAGCGCCAAGGGAUGUCCGGCAAGAACCUGAUGAGGAUGAGCAGAAGGUGAAGACGCAGAGGCCACGGUCAGCUGACCAGCCAGGUGUGUUCCAGGCUCAAACAGGUGACCCAGCAGCAGAGGAAUGGUCUCAGUGGAGCGUGUGUUCGCUGACAUGUGGGCAGGGUUGGCAGGUUCGUUCUCGUUCGUGUGUGUCCUCACCGUACGGGACCCUCUGCAGCGGCCCGCUGAGAGAGACCCGACUAUGUAACAAUACUGCCACCUGCCCAGGUGAGCCGCAGAAUCAAGCAGUAGAGGGGCAGUGGUUGGACUGGGCGGCCUGGUCUCAGUGCUCUGUUACCUGUGGUUCCGGCACUCAACAGAGACAGCGGCGAUGCAGUGUGUCGGUGCACGGCUGGGCAGAGUGCAAAGGGCCGCAUGCGGAAACUCGCGAGUGCACAAACCCAUCUUGUGGAGGUGGAGGUAACUGGGGAGCUUGGAAUCACUGGAGUCUUUGCUCCAAAACCUGCGAUUCCGGUUGGCAGCGGCGUUUCCGGAUGUGCGAGGGCACAGGCAUCCAGGGUUACCCUUGCGAUGGCUCAGGAGACGAAGUGCGUGCCUGCAAUGACAAGAAGUGCCCAGCGCCUCAUGAAAUCUGUAAAGAUGAGUACCAAGAAUCCACGACAUGGAAGAGAGCCUCAGCUGGAGAGACUAUAUAUAACAAAUGUCCAUCAAAUGCCACUGGAUCUGCUAGUCGUCGAUGUUUGCUGGACGUUAAUGGAGUUGCUUACUGGGGUCCUCCGAGCUUCGCCCGAUGUGUCUCACUUGAAUAUAGAUAUUUACAUUUAUCUUUGCGAGAACAUCUUGCGAAGGGUCAGAGGACCCUGGCAGGGGAGGGCAUGUCUCAGAUCGUGAGGAGUCUCCUGGAGUUAAUGUCCCGUAAGAAUUAUUAUAGCGGCGACCUCUUAUUCUCCGUGGAGAUUCUCCGAAAUGUGACGGACACCUUCAAGCGAGCAACCUACAUCCCAGCUCCUGACGACGUGCAGAAAUUCUUCCAGAUUGUCAGCUUAAUGUUGGACAUUGAAAACCUUGAGAAGUGGGAAGACGCUCACCAGGUCUCUCCAGGUGCUGUGUUGCUGAUGCGAGUCAUCGAAGACUUUAUUCAUCUAAUUGGAGAGGCUCAGAAACCGUUCCAAAGCUUUCUGGUUGUCACCAACAACCUCAUUAUCACUAUCCAGAGAGAGCCGGUUUCGGCUGUUUCCAGCGACAUCAAUUUCCCUAUGAAGGGAAGGAGAGGGAUGAAAGACUGGGCACGAUCCGCAGAUGACAAACUCUUCAUCCCUAAAGAAAUGUUCACCCUAUCUUCAGAUGAAUCAGAUGACACCCCAUACUUUGUCAUUGGAGCGAUCCUGUAUCGCACCCUAGGCCUCAUAAUGCCUCCACCCAAAGAUCCGUUUGUGAUCACCUCAAAGAUUCUGACAGUAACGGUGCGCCCCUUACCCAAACCCACCGAGCCGCUGGUAUCAGUGGAACUUGCCCCUUUGCUGAACGGUACUGUUGAUCCUCAGUGUGUCGUCUGGGACUACGGAGACCCAGAAACUGGCGAGGAAAACUGGGACGCAGAGAGUUGCCAAACGCUCCCAUCGCCGGCAGUCUCCCACACCAAAUGUCUGUGCAGCAAGCUGUCCACCUUCGCAGUUUUAGCGCAGAAAGCUAAAGAACCGGGUAUGGGACCCUCUAGUAUGCCGUCUGUGCCCCUCAUGGUGGGCUGUGGCAUAUCCUGCACGGCUCUACUCAUUCUGCUGCUUAUCUACGCUGCCUUUUGGAGAUACAUCCGUUCCGAAAGGUCCAUAAUCUUGGUGAACUUCUGCAUGUCCAUACUGGCCUCAAAUGUGCUUAUACUGGUAGGACAGUCCCAAACUCUCAGUAAGGGGCUGUGCACUGUGACUGCUGCCUUCUUGCACUUCUUCUUUCUGGCCUCUUUCUGCUGGGUACUGACGGAGGCGUGGCAAUCCUACCUGGCCGUGAUUGGCAAGAUGAGGUCCCGCCUCAUUCGCAAGCGUUUCCUGUGCCUGGGCUGGGGUCUGCCUGCCCUUGUGGUUGCUGUGUCGGUGGGCUUCACCCGGGCUAGAGGUUACGGCACAGCGAAUUACUGCUGGUUGUCUCUGGAAGGUGGUCUGCUCUAUGCAUUUGUUGGGCCUGCUGCCGUCAUUGUACUGGUCAACAUGCUAAUUGGAAUAGUGGUUUUCAACAAGCUCAUGUCUAGAGAUGGCAUUUCAGACAAGUCCAAAAAGCAAAGAGCAGGCCCGCCGCUGGAAGCACGUAGCAAGAUGCUCCUGAAAUGCUCCAAGUGUGGGGUGAUCUCCAGUACCGCCCUGUCCAGCUCUACCGCCAGCAGCGCCAUGGCGUCUUUAUGGAGCUCUUGUGUGGUUCUCCCCCUGUUGGCUCUUACGUGGAUGUCAGCAGUGCUGGCCAUCACAGACCGCCGCUCGACCAUGUUUCAGGUUCUCUUCGCCGUCUUUGACUCAGUCCAAGGCUUUGUUAUCAUCACCGUCCACUGCGCCAUGCGCCGAGAGGUGCAGGAUGCAGUACGCUGCAGGAUGGGUGGCUGCAAAGACGACAGUGAAAAUUCUCCAGACUCCUGCAAGAACGGCCAGGUGCAGAUCAUGACGGACUUUGAAAAAGAUGUGGAUUUGGCCUGUCAAACGGUCAUCUUCAAAGAGGUGAAUACCUGUAAUCCCGCUACCAUAACUGGCACCCUGUCCCGCAUUUCCCUGGAUGAUGAGGACGACCCCAAGUUGGCGGCCCACCAGGAAGGAGUCAAUUUCAGCAGCUUGCCGGGCAACAUCCCACCGCCUAACCUCUUGGUGCAGGUGCCUCCGCUGGGUCCCCUAAACGAGCUCAGCGAGCAGUCGCUGAAAAAGGACAUCAACGUGGAGCAACAAGGUCAACACCAUCGAUCCGGACCCAUCUACUUGUGUACUGAGAGUGGGCUGGGCUGGGCCAGACCGAACCCUCCUACCACCCAAGAUUCAGCUGGUGGCGGGGAAGGGGACUACAUGGUUCUACCACGUCGGACAGUUAGUCUCAAACCCCCUCCUCCACCUCAGGAUGAGGGCAAACCCCUAAACAUUACACUAGAAGAUCCACCCUUUCCCCCACCCCCCUCACCCAUGACUCUACAUCCAGCCGAGAGCGAGGCAUACCCAGCUGACUUUGCAACCGUAGACCACAUCAGCAUGAACCUAAACCGCUCCUACGGCACGCUGAAACAGCUGCCGGCACACGCCGGACACACACACUCCCACACCAAUGCUCAUACCCUGCAGGUCAAGCAGAAUCGACCCUCUGUCCGACAGAUCCUCACGUCAGGGACGGUGGAGCGUACCAGAACCCUUCCACGCAACCUGGGCAGCACCAACACCAACGUCUCAGCUGGAUCUUUGGAAGUGCUCGAGGAUGUGCUGUUGAUUGAUGGUGUCUUCUCUCCCCCCUCCCCCUUCCCCCAGAGGAAAAGGGUUCGGUACUCUGAGCUGGACUUUGAGAAAGUGAUGCACACUCGCAAAAGACACUCAGAGCUGUACCAUGAACUCAACCACUCCACCAAGUUCCACACCAUAGACAGGUAUAACAGGGACCCUGCCAUGUCCUCCUUUAAGGACAAAUCCACCACAGACGACCAGCGAUCUUGGGACAGCUUUAAGACCAUGAUCCCCGAGCAGUCUUGCGGCAGCAGUGAACACAAGGACAGGCUGGAGUUACUCAGUAAAGCCUGGGACACUUCCUCCGCCAUCACGCCCGACACAUCCGAAGGAGACUUCCAGACUGAAGUGUGAACGAACAUCGUCCGCAAACUGAGUGAAAACGAAACUCUCUUACAUACACUGUCGGUGAUCUUGAGCAGGACGUGCUCUUAAGGAAUCUGUACUUGUUUACAGGUGUGAGGACAGAUCACAGAAGAAGCUCUAUUCUAUAUUUUCACACAGAGACAUUAAAUGAACGCGUGGGGCUGGGAGUGUAUGGUAAAACAUUUUUAACAAACUGUUUCUGAAAUGUCUUGAUUUUAUUCCAGAGAAGAUUCUCUUUCACCUGUUUGAUGAUUUAGGACUUUUAAAAAAAAGAGUAAUAUUUCUGCACCCUUCUUUUUAUAGCGGAACAAAAAAAAACGGUACUGAUGAUUCGCACACUGUUGAACCCCCUAGGGUUUAUCCUCUUUUCGUUCCUUGGAUGAUUCUGGUUCCGUUUUCAUUUCGGUUUCUUUAUUUUUCGGGGAGAGAGAGAGGAAGUCUUGAAAGCGUUCAUUAAUAUGUGCCAUCCUCUGCUUUUCAUCCCUGCAUCAGGCGUAUGUACUCACAACCUUAUUCUUUUAGCUUUGAGUUAUGUUUUUUCAAUAUUUUAAUUUUGAGUCUUUGUCUGAUCUUGGAUGUUUUCUAAAAAAAAAUAUUGGAUAAAAAACAAAUUACUUAAACUUCAGGUAUCAUGUUUUUUUGGGUGCACUGGUAAAGAAUUUAGGCCUUUGUAUUUUCAUAAUCAUGUGACUGAUGUUGGACAGGACAAUGAUGACGUCAAAUUUGCAACUGCACACUAGGAACACAGUUUUCAUCCUUUGCUGUAAAAGCAUUCAGUCCUCCACAAAACAACAAGAGAAAUCACAAUCCUUUUCCCUGGUUAUUUCCCGCUGUUUUCCAGCAGCUUCAUUAUUCCAGAAACGCUUUACACAGUAAGACACAGACACGCCUUAUGUCUGAGAACUAAAUUUAAAGAAGUGUUGGUGGUAACCAUUACUUUUUCAUUUUGAUCAUCCAACACAAAGCUCUGUUUUGAGAGAUGGUGCUAGGUUUCCAUGUUUAAGCUCUCUCUUCUAUUUUGUGUUGUGUUGCGCUCAUGCAGAAAGAAGCGGUUUGUGUUGUUUUCAUUUGAAUCCAAUGCUCUGUUCCAAAACCUAAUGAGCUGCCUACGGAAGAAGCGUUUUAAGGCAUCAUAAGCUCGCUCUUAACAUGGAGGCUGUUCUAAAAGGCUGGCAACUUAAUUAUGCUGCUUUUUCCCCCCACAUUCAUACCUGUUUAUACCAAAAACGUUAACUAUUAAGAUCACCAUGGUAGCGUAAGUAUGUUGUGCUUAUUUUACUCUUUAAUAUUACAGGUUCCAUUUUAAGUGCGAGUCCUUUGAAAUUCAAAUCGAUUUUGAUUGGCUGUCAAUGUCUUAUCUCUCAUCGUCUGGAAAAUCUCUUUAAAAAGGCAUCCCGACUUCACUAUUCUCUUGAAUUGAAGAAUAUUUUUAGUAAUAUUAGUCAUUCUGUGUGUGAAUGCCCUAAAGUCAGACUUUUUUUAUGGAACACUACAGUGUUUAUUAUAAAUUAAUUAUCUGUCUGGAUCUUUUUUUAUUCACAUGCUCUCAUCAUUUUUAAUUCAAAUCUUUACUUUCGCUCUAGAGUGAUGAUCAUUCAAAUACGUCACUAUAAUGAAGUAAAGUCAAUCAUGACUUUCGGUUUAUGAGGACUUUGAAGCAGUACUGCAUUGUUAUUUGUGAAGAAAGCAAUUCCACAAUGACAACAAAUCCUAGAAAGCCAUUCGAUACUAAAAAAACACAGUUAAGAGAAACUUUUUCACCCAAUCUUGCUUGAUUAUUUCAGCGUAAGCAUAGCAAGUAAAGCAAUAAUUGUACGGCUUGCAGCCUAUCUAGAGUGUUGCAACUAAUCCCCAUCUGACUUAAAAGACAGCUGUCUAUGCAGACAGCUCUCGAGGUUUUGCAACAGAGCUCCAGUGUAUAUUUCCAAUGUGUUACCCAGUCAGCUCAAAUUGAUUCUGAUUAUAUUUCUGCACUCCGACUGCAGAAGUUUGACAGUUGGCUUAAUGCUAAGCAGUCUGCAGAGGUCAUCUUUGCCAACCCAUUCCUCUUUACAACCAGUUCAUUAGUUGUGUUGGCUGAUGUAACGGCACAUGGAGAGUUAGAGCCAGAGAGCGAGGGAGACUGAAGGAGAGAGAGAGGUGUGGUAAUUAUCUUGGGGGAAUAACGAUUUGUCCUGACAUUCUCUUACUUGGCGCAAUUUUUAUCUGCUCAAAGAUCCCUGAAGUCAGCACAUCAUAUAGACACAGAUGGUAGGACAAGAGCAUGCCAUUUUAGCCUUUGGAAGUAAUUCGCACUAAUGGGGUACACCAGCUCCUCGCCUCCCAUGAAAUGUCUUCAAACCAAUGUGGCAGUUAAAAGUUUGCUUCUAUUUUCUUAACCAUGGGUCAAGACCGACAUUAGUGUCAAACAUUGAAAGAUAUGAGUUUUAAGGCAAUGAAUGUUUGGGAUUCAAGGCUUAGUUGACAAGUGAGGUCAUUGUGAAACACUUUAAGCAGUUGUAAGUUUGACUUGACUACAGUAUUAAAACCCAACAGGUAAGUAAUCUGUUUCAAUUCUGCAAGAAGUUGCUGUCUGCAACCACAUAGUUGUACGCAAAUCCUGCUACAUUUACUAUGUCUGUUUUAUUUUCCUUUCUAUUUUUUCUGAUGCAUUUUAAAGAUUUGUCAUUCUCCUCUGUAGACGUUUACAGAGCCCUACUGAGAGUAGCAUUACACCCCACAUUUUCCAAAAUGUAUUGAAAAGAUUUCUGUAUUGCUCUUUAAAAUCAGAACGGCUUUACAGUCACAUGAAAUUGAGAUAUGUAUUUUGAAUAUGUGCUUUGUGAGGAGGAUUACAUUCACUUUAAAAAAAUGUAUGGCGUACAGGCGGACCUGUUGAAAUUUGAAUGGGUUCCCCUGGACUUUCUGAUCUAUGGGACGUUUUCUUCACGACUUGUAAUGUUUUGAUCCUCCCCCUGACAGCACACACAAUCCCAUUGGCUAAAGAAGACAGCUUUCAGAGAAUCCUCCUCGCAGCAUUCAAGUUUUUAUACAUAAGAUUGUAAAAAUUAGUCCUCUACUGUUUUCAUAGAGUGUCUUUUUAUAUGAAAAUAAAUUUUCAAACUGA